GGCUCUCUUCGACUACGACAAGACCAAGGACUGCGGCUUCUUGAGCCAGGCUCUGAGUUUCCAUUUCGGCGACGUCCUUCACGUCAUCGACGCUUCCGACGAGGAAUGGUGGCAGGCGCGGCGCGUCCAUCCAGAUGGCGACAGUGACGAGCUCGGCUUCAUUCCCAGCAAGAGGCGGGUCGAGCGACGGGAGUGGACGAGGUUAAAAGCAAAGUUUAACGUCCAUGAAGCCAGCGCAUCCGAGCAGGAUACGACGGAUCCCUCCACAGGUCGAGAGGACACCGUGUUGAGCUAUGAAACAGUUGUGCAAAUGGAAGUUCAUUAUGCCCGUCCGAUCAUUAUUUUGGGGCCCACCAAGGACCGCGUCAACGACGACCUCCUCUCUGAAUUUCCAGACAAGUUUGGGUCUUGCGUCCCACACACCACGCGGCCAAAACGGGAGUACGAAGUGGACGGACGGGAUUACCACUUUGUGGCUUCGCGGGAGAAGAUGGAGAAGGACAUCCAAAGCCACAAAUUCAUCGAGGCCGGGCAGUACAACAGCCACCUGUACGGGACGAGCGUCCAAUCUGUACGGGAGGUGGCUGAGCAG